CAUACAUAUCCAACCUAUUUAAAAUAUAAUAAAAAUAAAAAAAUAUCGGGAACUUUUCGACGAAGAUAAAAAUUGUGUACAAGUAGUAAGACAGAGGGAACCUAUCCGUAGCGAAGUCAUCGAAGAAGAUAGAGAGAGGGAGAAGGAGAUUGUUCAUCGUUGAAUCAGCCAGCAGCAGCAGCAGCAGCAGCAUUGAUCCUUUGACUCUAUCGUUUCGUUUGUAAUCGCUUGCAACUGUUAAGGAACAAUGACUUCAACUGUUUACAACUCGCAAGGGAUCCUCCAACCACGAGGGUUUACGUCUCCAGAGCCAGGUUUUGGUGACAGUGAUGGAGCAGAGUUGGUUUCUGUUUCUUGGAAUCAGGAUUACAGCUGUUUUUCUUCUGGGACCAGCCAUGGUUUCCGGAUAUAUAACUGCGAGCCUUUCAAGGAAACUUUCAGGCGAGAGCUCAAGGAUGGGGGUUUUAAAAUCGUGGAGAUGCUUUUCCGGAGUAAUAUCUUGGCGCUCGUUGGCGGUGGACCUAACUCUCAGUACCCUUCGAACAAAGUAUUGAUUUGGGAUGAUCAUCAGAGCCGCUGCAUCAGUGAGUUUUCGUUCAGGUCGGAGAUUCGUGCAGUGAAGUUAAGAAGGGAUCGGAUUGUUGUUGUUCUUGAACACAAGAUAUAUGUCUACAAUUUUAUGGACCUGAGACUUCUUCAUCAGAUUGAAAACCUGGCGAAUCCGAGAGGGUUGUGCUGCCUCUCUCACCAUAUGAAUACAUCUGUGCUGGCUUGUCCAGGUGUUCGUCGAGGAGAGGUCCGUGUUGAACAUUUUGGGCUUAACAUGGUACAGAUCAUUAACGCUCAUGACGCCAAUAUCGCGUGCAUGACCAUGACACUGGAUGGAUUGCUUCUUGCAACUGCCAGUACAAAGGGAACUCUGAUUAGAAUUUUCAACACAAUGGAUGGAACUCGUCUGCAAGAGGUCCGAAGAGGAACGGACAGAGCAGAUAUCUAUAGCAUUGCUCUUUCACCGAAUGUGCAGUGGCUGGCAGUAUCAAGCGACAAGGGAACUGUUCAUAUUUUCUCUCUUAGAGUGAGGGUUUCUGGAGAGGACUCGCACUCCAAUGAACACGAGACGUCUUCAAAUUCCCUGCAGGCUCUUGUAACUCCAGCCAGUGGUGUCAACCCUGGUUCGUCAUUGUCAUUUCUGAGAGGAGUUCUGCCAAGGUAUUUUAGCUCGGAGUGGUCAUUUGCUCAGUUCCAUGUACCAGAAGUCACCCAAUUCUUUGCAGCAUUUGGUGCUCAGAACACAAUUGCUAUUAUCGGCAUGGAUGGAAGUUUCUACAGGUGCAGCUUCGAUCCAGUGAACGGAGGAGAGAUGACUCAGCUUGAAUACGUCCGCUUUCUGAAGCCGGGGACCCUAAAAUAGCCAGAACGUGUGUCGGGUUCAAGUUCUAAGUACAUAACCACUGGCUUUGUAUAUACAUUUGGUGAAACUGCAUAAGAAUUGAUUCUACAUUUCUACUUGAUUAAAGGAAUUGUAUUCUUGAUUGGGAUAAUGUACAUACCAAUACAUGGACUCCUUGGUGAGUUUCCCUCUUACAGGAUCAUAAAGAACAUCAACUCCUUUGAGUUUUCUAGUCUUA